CCUAUUAGGAGCAUUGUUAAAGGUGUUGAUGCACAUUACUUAGAAGCCAAGGCUACAGAUAUUGUUUUUGAAGACAAAUUGGUCGAAGUAACACCUGACAAUGAUCCGAAUGCUGCCUUUUAUAUUCCUUAUGAUAAACCAAUGACUCAUGGAAUAGAGGGCAUUGAACAUUGCCACACCUUAAAAAGCAUAGCAGAUGCACGUGGAAUACGAAAAAAAAUCAUGGACAAUUUUGAAAAAGCUACUUUACCAACGACAUCAUCGGAAGAAAGAAAACGGCUUUUAA